GGAUUGUAUCAUGGAAGCUUUCAGUUGUGGAUAUUUAAUUAUUGUAGGUGUUUUGUAUUUCCCGAACUCUGUUCAUUUUAGACACUUGUUUAGAGAAGGUCAGGAUUCCAGUAAGUGACUUUCAGUAUUUGCAUACAUUGCAGCUCUAGUUGUUCAAACAUGUUGACAUUAAAAUCAAAUGAACCUGUUCCAAUGAACCGUUAUCAAUGAAGGACGAUUCCUUUAUUCGCUGGUUUCCUGACUACGCGCGAGCACGGAAGCGGGGAAGCAGCAGCCAGAGCCGAGGAAUCGGGUAAUUGAGGGUUUAUUAAAAGGGAGACAAAGCAGGAACAUCGAACAGAUGCGAGACGUCUUCAAUGACCGGACUGGGGAAAACAUACCUAACGCAGACUUAAAUAUAUUGGACUAAUGGCAGCAACAAGAAACAGCUGGUAAACACGGGGAUUCCAUACGAUGCAGAUGGCACAAAACCAGGGGGCAAGGAGGCAAAGGGCGGGGGGGAAAUAGGGAGCCGGAGAGAACCCUGGCGGGCAGAAAGCAGGAGCCGCAGGGGCAGCAGGCGAUCGUGAGGCCAGAGCUGAAGAGACCCUCAGCAACCGUGAGGCAGGAACACCGAAGGGGGUGAGGAGGAAGGUGAAGGGACUGACGGUGGAGGCGAGGAUGGAAGUGAAGGGGACAAUGGAGGAGGGAGGAGAAGCCACUGACGAGUCAAAACCGGGGGCGUUGGAGGAGGGACAGCAGCUGCCCGAUGAGGCACUGCAGGGGGGACCAGCAGGCGACCACCGAGCCAGAGCCAGAGGACCCACUGGCGACUGCCGAACCAAAGCCAGAGGGAUCAAAGGCGAGCCAGGAGGCAGGGCGGAGUCCUUUCAUCUGAAGGGGAAGAUACACACGCUGCACUGUGGUGCCUGUCAUGUUGUUGUGGUCACAGCAAAGGGCAAAGUAUACCAGCUGGACUGUGGGCAGCCAAAAAGCAACCCCAGGUAUUUGCAUCUCAACAAGGUGGUACAGGUUGCCUGUGGAGACAAUCACUCUGUACUCCUUAGGCAAGAUGGACAGAUCUUCACCUGGGGGUGCAACUCCAGUGGUCAGCUGGGUCUUGGGAACAGAGAACCCAGUAAAAUGCCCCAGUCUCUACUGGGCCUGGCAGGGAUCCCCCUGGCUCAAAUAGCUGCUGGAGGCGACCACAGUUUGGCUUUGUCUGUCUCAGGAGCUGUAUUCAGCUGGGGGAGCAACCGCAGGGGGCAGCUGGGCCUGGGAGACGUGACUGAUCGUGAUAGGCCUGUUCCAGUGAGAUCUUUACAUGGGAAGAAGACGAUCUACAUUUCCUGUGGGGGGGAGCACACUGCCACUUUGACACAGGGAGGCCUUGUGUUCACAUUUGGAUCUGGAGAAUUUGGCCAGCUGGGGCACAACUCAGACAGAGACGAGCUGCACCCUCGCCUGGUGGCUGAACUCUGGGGGGCGCCAGUGACUCAGAUCGCGUGUGGAAGGUACCACACACUUACCUAUGUUACAUCUUUGAAAACAAUCUAUGCUUUCGGCCAUGGUCAACAGGGACAGCUUGGAAAUGGACUGACCACAGAUCAGAAUAUACCACUUCCUGUUCACUUACCAACAGAGCACCGAGAGUGUGGACUUCGCAGAAUCCUUGCUGGUGAAAAUCAGUGUUUUGCACUUUGGUGUCCUGCUCAGGGACCUGAAAACUGCAGCACUUUGGAGGGAAUUCCCACCAUAGAUGACAAAACAGUCAACAAUUGGUUGUCCAGAUGUGAUUCAGAGUCACGGAAAACAAAAAAGGAAAUAACUCAGCUUUUUUCAUCGGCUUCCUGUAUUAAUGGGAGCUUUCUCCGGCAGGGCCAUGACAGGUUUUGCCGAACCAGACCCAAAACCUCUAGCCUGGACUUAUCUCUUGCACGUCAGACAUUUGAGAAGCUUGGAAGAAACGAGGAGGUCUUGAUGCAGGUUUUAUCCGUGGUUCUGAAGAAUCUGCUGCCAUCUCUGAGCACAGUGGCUGCUGAUGUGGAAGGGCUGAGGGUCUACCUGAUCCUGCCUGAGCUCAUCAGGGUUCUGCGCACACAGCAGAAUAUCAGGGACCUCAGCCUCGCUUUUGCCGAAGCCGUUCUACCCCAUGUCGAUAUGGCGGUCUUAUGGUCGGAGCUUCCUUUCAACUUCUUCAAGGACCUUGUUAAGAUCUUUCGCUCAGUGUUGUCAGCUUUCCUGCAUGAGAUGCGGACUGAGUGCACAGGUGACUCAGACUGGAAACUGAAACUGGAGAAUAUCGCGAUCCUUCUGCACAGGCUCUCUGAGGUUAACCUCAGAUCUGGUAGAAAAAUAGACGAAAGUAACUUUUACAUCAGUGAGAUUAAACUCUACUUUCGUGAUCUGCAAGAACAGUCGCUCAGAAAUAAAGUACUAUUCAUGAAAAUCCUAAAUCUUCUGUCACAGUACCCUGCAUUCUUUGACAUGGAGUCUAAAUGCGUGAUAUUUAAAAUUAACUUCUGGAUUAACUUUUUUGAGAGAGAAGCUUCUGAAAACCCAUUUGAGCAGAACUCCCUGUAUGUAAACAGGAAGUCGCUGUUGGCUGACACACUCCACCAUCUCCGCAACGUCUCCCGGAACUUCUGCUUGCCUUUGCAGGUGAAGUUUCACGAAGAGGACGGUGUUGAUCAUGGAGGUGUUUCUCAAGAAUUCUUCUCCAUACUCGGAAGGGAAUUUCAUUCAAUGAGGCCACACAUGUUUGAAUUCUUUGAAGACUCCAGGCUUGUUUGGUUCACCUCAGAGGUCCAGUGUGACCCUGACCUGUUCCUGUGGCUCGGUGUUCUCUGUGGUAUGGCCUUGUACAACUUCUGCAUCAUCAACUUCCAUUUCCCCCUGGUGCUGUUUAAGAAGCUACUGAGCCACAAGCCCACACUGAAGGACCUAGAAGACCUCUCUCCAGUAGAAGCCAGGAGUUUGAACGAGGUCCUGAAAGAAGAGGAGGAUUUUGUAGAUCAGCUGGACCUGGACUUCACAGCAAAAGGACAUGAACUAGUUCCAAAUGGACGAGAGAAGCUUGUUACCAAAUUCAACAGAUGUGAAUACGUAGAUGCCUACGUCAAUUAUGUAUUCAAUGUAUCGGUCAAGCAACAGUUCAGCGCAUUUGCUGAAGGAUUUUCCCGCGGCUGUCCGAAUGAGAAAUGGAAAAUGUUUGUACCAGAGGAGCUUCUUGCAGUUUUCACUGGAAAUGUCAACUACGAAUGGGAGGAGCUGCGGAAGAAUGCCACAUAUAAGGGCUACAGCGCCGACCACGAGAACAUCCAGCGUUUCUGGAGCGUCUUUGCGGAACUCUCAGAACAACAGAAGAAAAACUUCUUGUCUUUCAUGACCGGAAGUGACCGCCUGCCAGUGGGAGGGCUCUCUAAAGUCUGUCUGGAAAUUGUCAAGUACAACAAAGAGGGCCCAGAUGACUACUACCCUGUGGCCAACACCUGCUACCGCGUGUUACACCUCCCCAACUACAGCAACAUGGAGACCCUGAGGGAGAAGCUCCUGCACGCUAUUCAGUUCUAUGAAGAGUUCGGAGAGAGAUAGAUGGCCAAGAAGCGGACACAUGUUUGUUGGAGGGUGUGUGAGUGUGUGAGACUGUGUGAGUGUGUUAUUGAGCAUCUGUGUUAGUAAGAGUUUUUGUGUUUGUGUAAGUGAGUGAAUGAGCGGGUGAGUGACUUUGAGUGUGUGAGAAUGAGUGAAUUAGGGAGCGAGUGUGUUAGUGAAUGAGAGUGUUUGUGAGUGAGUGAGUGAGUGAGAGUGUUUGUGAGUGAGUGAGUGAGUGAGUGAGAGUGUUUGUGAGUGAGUGAGUGAGUGAGUGAGAGUGUUUGUGAGUGAGUGAGUGAGUGAGUGAGAGUGUUUGUGAGUGAGUGAGUGAGUGAGUGAGUGAAUGAAUGGCUAAAGGAAUGACUGCUAUUAUUGGUCAGACUCACCUGUACACUGUCAUGUGCCUUAUCUGACACAAUUAGUAAGAAAUUUAGUUAGAAGAGAUAAUAUUUAGAUAAUGUAUAGAAAAAUAUAUUUAUUCUGUUUGAGGAGGCAGUGAGUGUCACAAAAAAGACCAAAGUGUGAGUUUAUAUGUCAUAUACUGAUAUAUAUUGAUGCUGCCAAAUUUACUGUGAGUUCAGGUAAAGAAAAAAUAAAACACUGAAGAGCAGUUAGAUCAGCGUCUGCUUGAGCUGUUGUCCCGACUCACAGUGAAAACAGGCAUUUAGAAUAAUUAGGAAUAAUUUCUAAAUCCUUAUACUUGUAUUGCCUUAUUUGCUAUUUAAGUCCCAGGGAUGUACUGUGGAUACUGGACACCACUUGUUGCUUUUCAUCAUUUCUGGGACACCACAAACUGGAAUAGCAGGAAAUGACUGCUGGGUUCCACUUACAGGAGACAUGACAUCCGCUUUCCUCGCGAUGCCUCUGUCCGUCUGCCAUUUUUCCUGAUUGUUGGAAUGGUGUCCAAGGCCUCUAGUUUUGAGACGCUGUCUGUUGGGAAUCUGCAAAACCCAGAUGGUCACCAGAUUGGCUGGCCAAUCACAAGGCAUAUAGCUGGAUUUUGCUCAAAAUGGCCGUAAUAAGUGUAUGCUUUAAAAGCCAGCAUGUGCUGAAAAGUCUGUCUGCCUUCAGAUUGGUAGUCUGACAUUAUACAGCCGUGGAAAAAUUUAAGAGACCACAGCACAAUUUUUUAUUUCAUUCAUUUCUCAAUUUAUGGGGGUGUGAAUAAUAUAUGAUGAUGUAAGGGGUUAGCAAGGGUGGGGUGAAACUGGUGGCAACAGGCCAUGAUCCUAAAGGGAUGCAGAGUUGCAUGAGGUCAUGACCUUUGAGGUUAUCACACACUGCACGUGGACAAGAGCCCCUGCCUUAAGCAAUGGGGUAGAAGAUUGCCUUUUAAGGGGAGGUGCAGAAAUGUAAAAAAACCUGAGUGUUUUCUUUGUUCGGGGGUCCACUUCUUUGGAUUGGGGAGGCUCUUUAAGUGCCUCCCUUAAUAAAGUAACUUUAUCUUAA